AUGGAUGCGGUGUCACCCAGGGGUGACGUCCCAUCCGUGGUGGCCACCGCGUCACCGCCUGUCCCACAGGUGCGAGUGAGGGUCAUCGAGGGCCACCAGCUCCAGGGCAAUGACAUCAAGCCGGUGGUGACAGUUCUCAUCGGCCAGAAGCACUUCAGGACCAGGAUCCAGACAGGGAACAACCCCUACUACAACGAGGUGUUUUGGCAAAAUUUCCGCCGGACGCCCGCCCGGCUGGCAGCCGAGCUCAUUGUCUUCCAGGUGCUAGACUCCCGGGCCAGCCGUGCCAAAGCCAUCAUCGGCGUCUUUCAGCUGGACAUCGGCACCAUCUACCACGCACCGGGACGCAGCUUGAGCUGGAAGUGGCUGAGCCUGCAGCACCCCCAGCACCCCGAAACCGGCUCCCGCGGGUACCUGCGCGUCAGCCUGGCUGUGCUCCGUGCCGGUGAGACGGCACCGGAGGAGAAGGCACCGGCGGGGGACGAGGACGUGGAAGCCAACCUGCUGCGGCCAUCGCCGUGUGUCGCCACACUGCAACUACGUGUCUACCGCGCCGAGGACCUGCCGCAGGCAGAGCCACCUCGGUUACCGGUCGGCGGCAAGAGGGGCUUCGUAGCGGCGGCAGUGAGGGUGCGAUUUGCCGGCAGGACGCUCUGCACCCAGGUGAUGCCCCCCGAUGCCAACCCGGAGUGGAACGAGGUUUUCUUCUUUCCCUUGCGGCUGCCCCCCAUCUGCGAUGAGAUUCAGCUGGCCAUCCUCAGCGGGUCCCGCAGCAGCAAAGUCCUGGGCACCGCCACCCUCCGCCUCUCCCAAAUCUCCUCUGCUGGUGCUGAGCUGGAGGAGGGGACCCCCGGGUUCUUACCCUGCUUCGGACCCAGUUUCCUCCCCUUCUACGGUCCCCGCUCGGAUCCUGCCAGGACACCCAGCACCCGUCACUUGCCCCGAUGUCGCCGCUUCGGGCUCUGCGGCAUCUUUUAUUCGGCCACCAUGGUGCCACCCGGCCCCGAGCUCCUGCGCUUCGAGCUCAGCCUGGGCCACUACGGGGACACCAGCGAUGUCACCUGCAAGCCCACGGCUUCCGUCACCCCGUACUGUUGUCCCCUCUUUGACGGUGAGUGGGAUGUUGGGACGGGGACACAGCAGGCGCUGGCGCGGCUGGAGGAGCAGCCGACCCCCACGGCGCUGGACGCCCACCUGCGCACCGCGCGGCUGCACCUGCUGCGGCACAUGGUGGCAACCGCGGCCGAGCCACCGCGGGCCGGCUGGGACACCCUGCUGGACACAGCCCAGGGCUGGCUGAGGAGGGUGACAGCGCUGGCCGUGGAGCCGCAGGCCGGUGUCCCCGAUGUGCUGCUGUGGCUGCUGCAGGGGGACAGACGCGUGGCCUGUGCCCGUGUCCCCGUGCCCGACAUCAUGUUCUCGCCGAGCGGCCCCGGCGCCUGCGGGAGGUUCUGCGGCCGCAUCCAGACUCUCUUCCUGGUGGGCUCCGGUGACAUCCAUGCCCAGCUCCGGCUCCGGCUCUGGCUGGGACGUGUGGCCAACAGUGAUGACCUGUCCCGGCACCUCGAGGGGACCUUGCACAUCUACGCCGAGACGCACAGCCCCGAGGCAGCGGGGACCGAGGCCUGGGAAUACGGGUCCCUCUGGGGCUCCCGCUUCCACCUGCAGCCGCGGCUGGGUGACGUGUGCCGGCGGCGCUGCUGGCACCGCGGCAUGGUGCCGAACCAGCCCGGGGCCAGGGCGGCCCUGUUCCUGCUGGAGGGGACCCCGAGCAAAGAGGACGUGGCCGAGGACGACGAGACGCCUGCGGCCGAGUGUCCAGCGCGGGGCUCAUCCCGGACCAGCCCCAAGCAGCCCAUGCCCCUCAUCCUCUGCACCUUCCAGCGACCCAACUUCUUCCAGCUGCGCUGCUACAUCUUCCAGGCGCUGGAACUGACACCCCGUGCCACCAAAGCCACCGCAGACCCCGUCGCCCACGUCUCCUUCGUGCACGUCAGCCAGAGCACCCGGGUGCUGCCCGGCACCCUGGACCCGCUCUGGGACCAGACGCUGCUUUUCCAGCGGGUGCUGCUGUACGGGGACCCCCAGGGGGUCCAGGACGAGCCCCCCAUGGUGGUGGUGGAGGUUUUUGACCAGGAUGGAGGGGGUGCUGGUGCUUUCCUGGGAAGGAGCGUGUGCGCCCCACAAGUUUGGCUGGACGUGGGGCAGCGGAAGCCCCCCCGGCUGCAGCGGUACCCACUGCGGGGGUCCGGGGAGUCGGAUGGGGAGCUGCUGGCGGCCUUUGAGCUGCUGCAUGACACCCAGGAUGGGGCCCUGGCACAAGUGACCCCCCCGCCGUGGAGGGAGGGGGUUUUCAGUGUCCCCCAGGGCAUCCGGCCGCUCCUGCGGCUGGUGGCACUGGAGGUGCUGGCGUGGGGGCUGCGGGGGCUGCAGGGCGGCGUGCGGGCACCCAGCCUGGAGCUGCAGUGCGGGGGGCAGACCCUGCGGACCCCUCCCAUCCUCAACCUGCCCACCAACCCCAACUUCCCCAUCAACGCCUUCCUGCUGCCGCUGAAUUUACCAGCGGAGGAGGAAUAUGUGCCCCCCAUCUGGCUGCGGGUGCUGGACACACGGGAGUUUGGGUACCGGCCCAUGGUGGGACAGGCCUGCGUGCGGGGGCUGGGCCGAUAUUACUGGCCACCCCCCGGGCAGGGAAAGCCUCCCCCUGGCCCUGCAACCCCCUCAUCUGGCUCUGGUAAUGGCUCUGCCCAGCCCUGGUACCUGCUGCCCAUCCCUGAUACGUCAGAUGCUGCCCAGGAUCGCUGCCGAGGGGGCUGGGGACAAGGUGGGCACAGCAACAGCGUCACUGGGGUCACCAGGAGCCACCUGUCCCCACCUCACCCUGCUCCCCACCAGGCUGCAGAAGAGGAGAAAGAGGAAGAUGAGGAUGAAGACGACUGGUGGAGCAAAUUCUAUGCAGCCAUGGGGGACAAGGCGAAGAGGAGGACAGGCAGGGACAGACUGAAGAUCUACAGCUGCGAGCUGGAGGCGCUGCCCGAAUUCGAGGGGCUGCAGGAUUUCUGCCAGACCUUCCCCCUCUACGGGCCGGGGGGUCACCCCGCGGGGGGGGACGACCCCGUGGGUGAGUUCAAGGGGCUUUUCCACAUCUACCCCCUGCCCGAGGACCCCGCCGUGUCCCCCCCGCCCCGACAUUUCCAGCAGCUGCCCCCCAGCCAACCCCAAAAGUGCCUGGUGAGGGUCUACGUGGUCCGGGCCUUCGACCUGCCCCCCAAGGACAGAAACAGGCUGUGUGACCCCUACGUGCGCGUCUCAUUGGGGAAGAAGAAGCUGGGCCAGCGAGACCAGUACGUGCCCAACACGUUGGAGCCCGUUUUUGGCAGGCUGUUUGAGGUGACAGGGACCAUCCCGCUGGAGAAGGACCUGCGGGUGACACUGCUGGACUAUGAUGUGGUGCCACCGGACCAGGAGAUUGGCACCACCACCAUCGACCUGGAGAACCGCCUGCUGUCCCGCUACCGCGCCAACUGCGGGCUGGCGGCUCGCUACCGCACCACCGGCCCCGGGUGCUGGAGGGACCAACUCCCCCCCAGCCGCAUCCUGGAGCAUUUCGCCCACACCCGGGGGCUCCCGGCACCCGAGUUCAGCGCCGAGGGCACCACUGUCACCUUUGGGGACCAAACCAUCCUGCUCAGCCAGUUUGAGAGCGCACCCCCCGUGCACCAGCACCAAGGGCCCCCCCGUGAGCGCCUGGCCCUGCACGUUCUCCGCCGUUGUCACCUUGUCCCCGAGCACCUGGAGACCCGCACCCUCUACAACAGCACCCAGCCUCAGAUGGAACAGGGCAAGGUGCAGAUGUGGGUCGAUGUCUUCCCCACCACCCUGGGGAGCCCCGGCCCCCCUGUCGACAUCACCCCCCCCAAACCCCAGAGGUACGAGCUGCGCUGCGUGGUCUGGAACACGCGGGACAUCGACAUGGGGGACGUCAACCUGAUCGGGCAGCAGAUGAGCGACAUCUACGUCAUGGGAUGGCUGGACGGGCUGGAGGAGCAGCGGCAGAGGACAGACAUCCAUUACCGCUCGCUGCAGGGGGACGGGGCCUUCAACUGGCGUUUCGUCUUCUCCUUCCAGUGCCUGGCAGCCGAGGAGCUCUGCAUCCUGCCCCACAAGGAGCAUUUCUGGAGCCUGGACCCCACGGUGCGAAAGGUGCCCCCCAAGCUCAUCCUCCAAGUGUGGGACAAUGACAAGUUUUCAGCUGAUGAAUUUUUGGGCGUCCUGGAGCUGGAGCUCUCCCGGCUGCCGCAGCCGGCCCGGCAACCCCAGAACUGCACCCCAAAUCCGCAGGGGACCCCCCAAAGCCCCUGGCCCUGGCGGGGGACACGGGUCCCGUCUCAUUUCUCCCUUUUCCGGCAAAAACGGGCCAGGGGGUGGUGGCCGUGCACGGUGCAGGACGGCAACAAGCAGCGCCUCUCGGGCAAGCUGGAGCUGAGCCUGGAGCUGCUGACGGCAAGGGAGGCGGAAGAGCGGCCGGCGGGGAGAGGCCGCGAUGAACCCAACAUGUACCCCAAGCUCCAGCCGCCCAUGCGGCCAGAGUGGUCGUUCCUGUGGCUGCAGGCGCCGCUGCGCACCCUUCGCUACGGGCUCUGGCGGCAGCACCGCGGGCGCAUCAGCCUGGUGCUGGCGCUGCUGCUGCUCCUGGUGCUGCUCCUCACCUUCAUCUACUCCACGCCGGUGAGCGCUGGGGGGGCACGGGCACCCCCAAAUCCCUCAUCGGCACCUGUGAGUCCCCCCGAGCCUCCCUCUGUGCCUCCUCACAGGGAUAUUUGGCCAUGA